ACAUUUAUCAAACAACUGUUCAAUUUGACAUUUCGCAUUAAUAAUUUGUUGUUGUCUCGUAAAAAAAGAAAAACAUUGUGUUUUGGAGCCGACUUCUUGUAAUAAAUAAAAAAUAAAGCAUUAUUUGUGGCUGGGAAGAAAAUGCACACAGAUUUAUCACCACAUUUGCAUACUCCUCAUUGCAAUCAAUUAAUAGAUGAUUUAAAAAAGUGUCACGAAGAGAAUAAAUUUGCCAAAUUUAUAGGAAUCUGUAAUUCAUUCGAUUCGGCGGUGGUCAAGUGUCUGAAACAAGAACGUAUUGCCCGAUCUGCUGCCAAUAGAGCGAAGGCCCGUGAAAGACAAGCUGAAUUGAAGAGUCGUUUAAAUCAAAAUCAAUAAACAGCAACAAAAUGCACACUGAUCCUUUAGCUGAAUUCUAUUUCCAACCGGAACCCCACAACAUUUGCGGCCAAGAUGUUAAACCUAUAACCGAUGAAUUCAUAGAAAAUUUUCCUUCUGUUGUUGAUCGUUUCUUU